AUGCGCCCACUGUUCUAUUCUGAAAAAGAAGCCAAGACUCAUAAAAUUGGCUGGCAAAGAAUAGGAGACCAGAUCAAGUAUUACAAAAACAACGUGAGGCAAGACGGUGGGCGCCAUUUUUUCUCUCUGACGUGGACCUUUCAAUUUCCACACAACAAGGACACGUGCUAUUUUGCUCACUGCUAUCCAUACACUUACACCAACCUACAGGAAUACCUUUCUGCCGUCAGCAAUGACCCAGUGCGAUCCAAGUUCUGUAAAAUACGUGUCUUGUGCCACACACUUGCUAGGAACAUGGUGUAUGUUUUAACAAUCACCACCCCCUUGAAGAACACUGACUCAAGAAAGCGAAAGGCUGUGAUUUUGACCGCAAGGGUCCAUCCUGGAGAAACCAACAGCUCUUGGAUAAUGAAAGGCUUCCUAGAUUAUAUUUUAGGAGACUCGAGUGAUGCACAGUUGCUUCGGGACACUUUCAUCUUCAAGGUGGUACCCAUGCUGAAUCCAGAUGGUGUGAUUGUAGGAAAUUAUCGGUGUUCCCUAGCUGGACGGGAUUUAAACCGGAAUUACACAUCUCUCCUGAAGGAAUCUUUUCCUUCCGUUUGGUAUACCCGGAACAUGAUCCACAGGUUAAUGGAGAAACGAGAAGUUAUUUUAUACUGUGAUCUUCAUGGUCAUAGUAGGAAACAGAACAUCUUCAUGUACGGCUGUGAUGGCAGCAACAGAUCCAAAGGGAAAGGACUUUACUUACAACAGCGAAUCUUCCCACUUAUGCUGAGCAAAAAUUGUCCAAACCAAUUUUCGUUCUCAGGCUGCAAGUUUAAAGUUCAGAAGAGCAAAGAGGGAACAGGCCGAGUGGUGAUGUGGAAGAUGGGGAUCAGGAACAGUUUUACGCUGGAGGCCACCUUUUGUGGGUCUACUCUGGGUAAUAAGCGAGGCACUCACUUCAGCACAAAAGACUUGGAGUCAAUGGGCUAUCACUUUUGUGAUUCUCUCUUGGACUACUGUGAUCCUGACCGGAGCAAGAAAAAGCAUCUGAAAACAAAAAAGGAAAGGAAUGCAACCAUAGCAAGCCACCAAAAUGAUAAAAAAGAGGUUUAUGGUAAAGAACAUUUACUGCCAAGACACAAAGAAUCAAAUUCUGAUGUGAAAGAUACGAGGCUGAACACAUCAGAUGAUUACAUGGUUGGUUAUUUCAGACAGCACCUGCCUAGUCAAGGUUUGGAUUCACAUCACAGGUUAAAAAGCAACAUGAAAAGCUGCACAUCUUUCCAAGACAAGAAGACUGGCAUAAAUUGGACAGAUGAUGAAAAAAGAAUCUAUAGGGAUAAAAGAAAAGCUCAAACUCAAGAAAUAUUACAGUGUUUUCUUCCUAUCAUGGAGACCUUCAAAAGCCUGGAAUCUCCUCAAAUGAAAGACAUAUUCAGCCCGAGCACCAGCACCCCAACCCAACCCCAACCAAAUUCAUCUGCUUCCAUAAAUGGACAAAGAUACAGCACAUCUUGGACACCACCCUCCUUUAAAACCAAAAUGAAUCUUGGGACAAAUGCUUCAGAAUGGUUCCAGUCUGUGCCGCAGAGGUCAUUUGAAAGUUUGUCACCUCUGCAAGAUCCCAAGAAGAGGAAAAAACAUUCUCAGAACUUAACCAAAAAGACUGAAGAUACGAAGCCUCUGUGCAACAAAUGGGAAACUAUUCCCUCAAGUUCUGAAGGGAAUGCUGUAAAAGAUAAGAGUCUUCAUGCUGAAGACCCCAACCUGACAAGCUGUAAGCAGAUAGUUCACCAUGCAGCUGAAAACAAGGGCGAGAAACCAAAGACGAAUGGCAGACAACUCACCUCCCAUCUGAAGCCCCAAAGAGACAGUUAA